AUGUGUUACACUAAAUCUCUCAAUAAAGCCACCAACCUCACCCACGACACCUUCGACUUCAUAAUAAUCGGCGGCGGCACCGCCGGCCUCGUCCUCGCCAACCGCCUCUCCACGCUCCCCAGCCUCCGAAUCGCCGUCAUCGAAGCCGGAGACUCAGUCCUCAACAACAGCGUCGUGACCGACAUCCUCGGCUUCCCCAACACCAUCAGUCUGCCCAUCAACUACGCCUACUCAAGCGCGCCGCAGAAGUACACUGAUGACCGCGUGCUUCAGUACAGCGGCGGCAGGGCGCUGGGAGGCACCACGACGAUCAAUGGGAUGACGUACCUGCGCGCGGAGCGCGAGCAGAUCGACUCCUGGGGAGAAUUCCUAGGCAACGAAGGGUGGAGCUGGGAUGAACUGUUUCCUUACUACCUCAAGCAAGAGGGCUUCGAGCGGCCAGGGCAAGAGUUGGAAGACAGGGGCGCGGCUUUCGAGGAGGGGUUCCAUGGCGAAGAGGGGCCUGUCGCUACGGGGUUCACGCCGUAUCUCACGGGGCAGGACUUCUUCGGGGUGAUGAGGGAGACGCAUGAGGGGGUGGGGAUCCCGUGGAAUAGGGAUGCGAAUGGUGGGCGGAUGAGGGGGUUUACGGCGGCAACGCAGACGCUGAAUGCUACGGCGUUGGUGAGGGCGGAUGCGGCGAGGUCGUACUAUUAUCCUGUUGCGGCUGAACGGCCGAAUCUGUCUGUGUUUUUGAAUACGACGGCACUGAGGAUUGUCUGGGAUGAAGAGCGGAGGUCGUCUUCUGGGGAGGUUGUGGCGCGCGGCGUGGAGGUGGAAACGCAGUCGGGUUCGAUUGAAGUCAUCUCCCUCAGUGACGAGACUGGCGAGAUCAUCUCCUCUGCAGGAUCUAUCCGCUCCCCAGGUCUACUCGAGAACUCGGGGGUAGGAAACCCUUCGAUCCUCGAACCCCUAGGCAUCACUCCCGUCAUCGACCUCCCCGGCGUGGGAGGCGGCCUCCAAGACCAACCCAACAUCCAAAUCAUCUACAACUCGAGCACAAACUGGACCGGCUUCCCAUCCUUCGCGACCUUCCUCACAGCCGCCGACAUCUUCCCUCCCUCCGACCUCUCCGUCCUCCGCGACGAAAUCACCGCAAACAUCAGCGCCUACGCAUCCACCAUCGUCGCCUCCUCCCCGCGCGACGAAACCACGCAAUCCAUCCAAGAACACCUCCUCGCACACCACGCCUCCCAGAUCUUCACCCCAAACAGCACGAUCCCUCUCGCAGAGAUCAUCUGGUUCCCAAUGGGCACCCUCAUCGGCGCCGCAUACUGGACGCUCUUCCCCUUCUCCCGAGGAAACAUCCACAUCACCUCCCCCAACUCAACCCACCCCCCUGCCAUCCAACCCAACUUCUUCCACCUAGACCUCGACACCCACCUCCUCGCCGCGACAUCCAAAAAAGUGCUCGCCCUGUUCUCAAGCCCGCCUCUCUCAUCAUACAUCACACCCCCCACCACCCCGCUGGCUUCGCCAUUCGACAUCGCGGAGCUGGGAUACCGCGACCCCCGCUGGGCGACUUGGAUCAAGGGGUCCUACGGCUCGAAUAAUCAUCCAGUGGCGACGUGCGCGAUGAUGCCGCGGGAGCUGAACGGCGUGGUGGAUGCGGGGGGGAGGGUGUACGGGGUAAGCAAUGUGAGGGUCGUGGAUGCGGGGACGCUGCCCGCGCAGCUGAGUGGGCAUCUUUCGGCGAGUGUUUAUGCGGUUGCGGAGAAGAUUGCUGAUGGGAUUCUUGGGGAGAGGAAGGGUGGGAGGUAG